CAUUCCCGUGACGCAGCAAAGGACCGUAGACGGCAUCAGCCAUCGACCGCAGUACCGCGCAGGCGCUGUGUCGGUGGUGACGUCAACGUUGGCGACUGGAGGAAGCCGUACCUUCUGUGGGUCGAUUGCCAACACCAUGAGCAACAGCCACCAGCUGCGGCCUUACACCUCGGUUGGGGAGAUCGAUCACGUGCAUAUCCUGUCAGAGCAUGUGGGGGCCCUGAUUCACGGCGAGGAGUACAGUGAUGUGACCUUUCUGGUGGAGAAGAAACGCUUUGCUGCCCAUCGUGUGAUCCUGGCUGCCCGCUGCCAGUAUUUCAGGGCCUUAUUAUACGGUGGAAUGCGGGAGUCACAUUCCCAAGCCGAAAUCCCAUUGCCGGAUACGCCAGCAGAGGCAUUUACAAUGCUGCUGAAAUACAUCUACACCGGCCAGGUCACCCUGACCAAUGAGAAGGAGGAAGUAUUGUUGGACUUUCUCAGUCUAGCCCAUAAGUAUGGAUUCCCCGAGCUGGAAGCUGCUACCUCUGAGUAUCUCUGCACCAUUCUGAGCAUCAGUAAUGUCUGCAUGGUUUACGAUGUGGCUAGUCUUUACUCACUCAGCAAGCUUUCCAAUACUUGCUGCUUAUACAUGGACAGGAAUGCAAGGGCAGUCCUUGGCAGUGAAGGCUUCCUGUCCCUUUCAAAGACAGCUCUGCUCAAGGUCGUGUCCCGAGAUUCCUUUGCUGCUCCGGAGAAGGAUAUUUUUCUGGCUCUAAUGAGCUGGUGCAAACAGAAUCCGGAGGAGAUGCACGAAGAAAUCAUGAAGACAGUCCGGCUUCCGCUGAUGAGUUUAACGGAGCUGCUGAACGUUGUGCGGCCCUCGGCUCUUCUCUCCGCUGACACCAUCUUAGAUGCCAUCAAAAUUCGCUCUGAGAGUCGCGAUAUGGAGCUGAACUACCGGGGCAUCCUCAUCCCAGAUGAGAACAUUGCCUCGAUGAAGCAUGGGGCGCAGGUCAUCGGGGGAGAGCUGAAGGCGGCUCUGCUUGAUGGGGACACUCAGAAUUACGACCUGGACCAUGGCUUCUCACGACAUCCGAUUGACGAGGACUGCCGGUCGGCCAUCGAGGUGAAGUUGGGCCAGGCAUCCAUUCUCAACCACAUCCGCAUGUUGCUGUGGGACCGGGACAGCAGAUCAUAUUCAUACUACAUCGAAGUGUCAAUGGAUGAGCUGGAUUGGAUUCGUAUAAUCGAUCAUUCCAAGUACCUGUGUCGUUCCUGGCAGAAUCUGUUCUUCAGCCCUCGAGUCUGUCGGUAUAUUCGCAUUGUUGGGACACACAACACCGUGAACAAGGUCUUCCACUUGGUCUCCUUCGAAUGUAUGUACAGCAACAAGCCCUUCUUACUGGACGCAGGGCUGCUGGUUCCCACAGAAAAUGUGGCGACCGUUAGUGCCAGUGCCACAGUGACAGAAGGAGUGAGUCGCAGUCGGAAUGCUCUCUUAAAUGGGGACACCAAGAACUACGACUGGGAUUCUGGAUACACCUGUCACCAGCUGGGGAGUGGAGCCAUUGUGAUCCAGCUUGCACAGCCCUUCAUGAUCGGUUCCAUGAGGUUGCUCCUGUGGGACUGUGAUGACCGCAGCUACAGUUUCUACAUCGAGGUCUCCAACAACCAGCAGCAGUGGGAGAUGGUCGCCGAUCACACAAAAGUCACUUGCAAGUACGCACCCAUUUUCUUACAGCUUAAUUUUUGAGCUGAG